AUGGGUAUUAUAGGUUUAUCAAAGUUAAUCGCAGAUAUUGCUCCACAAGCAGUUAAAGAAAUGGAAAUUAAGAAUUACUUUGGCAGAAAAGUCGCUAUCGAUGCAUCUAUGAGUUUAUAUCAGUUUUUAAUAGCCGUUAGAAGUGAAGGGGCACAACUUACCUCUGUGGAUGGAGAGACUACUUCCCACUUGAUGGGCACCUUUUACCGAACAAUAAGGCUAGUGGAAAAUGGACUUAAGCCAGUCUAUGUCUUUGAUGGUAAACCUCCUGAGAUGAAAUCACACCAGCUGAAUAAGAGAGCAGAGCGACGAGAGGAAGCCGAGAAGGAAUUGCAAAAAGCCACAGAAGCAGGGGACCAGGCCUCAAUAGAAAAGUUUAACAGACGACUUGUGAAAGUAACAAAACAGCAUGGAGAGGAAGCUCGGGAGCUCUUGAAGUUAAUGGGAGUGCCUGUUGUUGAAGCACCUUGUGAGGCCGAAGCGCAAUGUGCAGCAUUGGUAAAAGCAGGCAAAGUUUUUGCAGUGGCGACAGAGGAUAUGGACGCCCUUACCUUUGGUUCUAAUGUCCUACUCCGACACUUGACUUUCUCUGAGGCCCGAAAAAUGCCAGUUCAAGAAUUCCAUCUGGAUCAAGUUUUGAAUGGAUUGGAGCUUAAUCAUAAAGAGUUUAUCGACCUUUGCAUACUCCUUGGAUGUGACUACUGUGGGUCCAUAAGGGGAAUAGGCCCCAAACGGGCCAUCGACCUUAUAAAGCAACAUCGGUGUCUCGAAGAUGUAUUGAGAAAUAUUGAUUUAAAUAAAUACCAACCACCAGAGAACUGGGAUUAUUUGGAUGCGAGGAGAUUGUUUUUGGAGCCCGAAGUUACUGAUGCUGAUAAAAUUGAGUUAAAAUGGAGUGACCCUGACGAAGAAGGCCUAGUUAAGUUUCUGUGUGGAGACAAACAAUUCAAUGAAGAAAGAGUCAGAAAUGGCGCCAAGAAAUUGUUCAAAGCUAGAACUGGCACUACGCAGGGACGGCUUGAUGGAUUUUUCAAGGUCCUCUCUACGACACCGAACCCAAAACGUAAAGCUGAAGAUGAGAAGAAUAAAGCAAAUAAAAAAGCAAAAACUGGUGGUGGACGGGGAAGGAAACCUAAAUAA